UGGUUAGAAGAUACGAUAAGUUCUGUUUUCUUUUCAUUCAUGUUCCGGCCGUAUCCUCGCAUAGAGCGAGUUGAAGUGUGCUUAGCGGGCGUCUUCGGUCUUAUCUUCUGUUGUGUUAUUUUUUGUUUUUCAGCACUUAGAACAUGUCGCAUCCAUCAGUAUUCCGCGUCACAGCAUACUUUCGAGAUGACUGGAAGACGGUAUACGCGGUUCGCUUCGGCGGUUGACCGGGCAUUCACAACGGCGUUGUUCUGGCUUCGGGUCUCGGCUUUUUCAUUUCGGAAUCUGGCCUGCAGGCCUGCUUACGCUGGGAACGAGUGGCAUAUCAAAUGUCAGUGCUAUACAAUUAGAAUGGGCACGUUAGUAAUGUAUGGUACAUAA